AUGCCAUUUGAAAUAAAAGAAAGUGAAAUUGAUACUAGCGAUGAAGUUACACACCUCGAGUUUGUAGGAGAUAGGGCAUCGGCCUCCAGUGAGAAUAUCACCCUUUUGGAAAAAUUUUUAGAGUCGGCAUAUAAGAAACAGAAAACAUCUUAUAGUUCAAGCCUAAGAAGCCUCAAAAUUACAGAUUAUUCUAAACUUUCGGAUAACAAAGUUCUAA